AUGCCCCGGCUUCCGUCCCACUUCCGCAAAUCCAAGCGAACACCCCAGAAAUCAUCGCCCCUCUACAAGAAACGUACACCGUCGCGUCCCGCGGUAUCUUUUGCGCGCUCACCCCUAGCACAUGCUUCACGUCCGGCACAGCGCGUGCCCGGUGAUGAACGUUAUCAGCAUCCUAAGUCUAGGGAUGAUCCUCACUCUGAAGGCGACGACGAAGUUGAAGACGAUGGCUGGGCCUCUGGAACGGACUCCGACAUCUCUGGCUUCCAUUGGGAGGAGGAAGACACCCUCUUCUCUGACCUCAUGGAAGAGCCCUCGGAAGAAUCUGAGGAGCACAACAUUGACCUUCUGACUGAGUCUCUCCACUCUGCCUUCGCGGCCCAGGACAAGGAGCUGAAAAAAGAAAUCGCCAAGACGCUGGUCUCUACUCAUAACCAUGUUAAAGCCAUCUUUAGUGUUCUCGACCAGAAAGUGGACGCAUCUUACGCUCGAGGUAGCAUCGCGUACAAUACCGCCUGGAAAAAGACGGAAGAGGCCAUAUAUGCGCAAAGCAUGGACUUCAGAGAAGCUCUGAAAUCAACACAGGCUCAAAUCAACACCCUGUACGAAGAACUUCGGGCAGACUACGAGGCCCGCGAUGCGCUGUGGAUCCAGCUGAAGAAAAAUCUAGACGAAAUCGUGUCUCCGGUUCUAGAAAGCACGAAGGACACGCCUGCGAAGGUUGAACGUACCAUCGCAAAACUGGAAAAACAUUCCAAGACGCUCGAGAACGACAAAUCGGGCACGAACUUCAUGAAAGGCGUGGAGGAACUGCUAAAGCGAUCUUGA